GAGCCUUGAGUUUUUUAAAGUUUUAACGAGGGCUUUUGAAUCUUUUUCCCUUCGCCUCCAAAUCCUCGCCGGCGAUAGAAACCCUAGAUUUGAUCCACCGUCGGUCUAUCCAACAAUGUCGUUCAAUCUAUUCUCUACCCCUCAGCAACAGCAGCAGACGCAGUCGCUGUUUCAGACUCCGCAACCGAUGUUUCAGCCGCAGAGCUCUUCCUUGUUCUCGCAACCGCAACCACAGCAGCAACCGUCGCCGUUUCAGCCGCAACAGUUCCAGCAGCAGCAGCAACAACAACAACAACAACAAGUAAAUCAGCAGCAAGCGCAGCAGCUGUAUUUGUUCACGAACGAUAAAGCGCCGGCGAAUUACAGUACGAAAUGGGCCGAUCUUCAUCCCGAUUCCCAGAAACUCCUCCUCCAGAUUGAAGAGAAGAUAUUGGAGCACAGAAGUGAAAGUCAGAGGUUAGAUCAAUGCAGUCGACUUUACGAUUCUUCUGUAUCCAGUGAAGGAUUUGAGUUUGAUGCAAGCCGCAUUGUUCAGGAGCUUGGUGGGAUUAAUACUACCAUGGACCGACAGAAAGCUGUUCUGCACGAGCUUAUGGUGGUUGCUAAAGACAUGCUGCGUAAUGCAGAGAUUGCGGUUCGGUCUUUCAUGAUGCUACAGCCGAGAUUCCCUCAUUCAAAGCCAGGAGGAGCUGCUAAUGGUGGUUCUCAAGCAUCUCAGGCGCAGGGAGCAAAUCCGGCUCCAGCUUCCUCUGGUCAACAACAAGCAGUUACUUCCAUUGUUCAAGUUUCUGACUUUUACCGUGGGGUCCCAAAGAAACCCACUGUUUUUCUACAGCAAACCGUUGCAAGGUUCGAGAAGUAUCUAGGCGAGUGUCGGCAAUGGGUUGAAGAGCUGGAGCAGUUGCUUGCGUUGGAUUCUGACAAGUAUAGUCGUCACGCUUCCCUUUUGGAAUCUCUUCCGAAAGUCAUGUCUAAUGUGCAUGACUUCUUUGUUCAUGUGGCUGCCAAGGUGGAGAAUAUUCAUCAGUACAUUGAGUCGAUGAGAACAGCGUAUCUUGCUGACCAGCGUCGGAGAGGAGAAUGUAACGAUCCGUUUCUUGAAGCUGAUCGGAGGGAAACAGCGAAACAGGAAGCUGCUGCUAAAAGGGUCCACCCAACUUUGCAUCUACCUGCGACUAAUACGAAUGCACAAACCUCAACGCAAGUCGCUGGUUUGAUUGCCAGCUCAGCAACUCCUGGGGCUUCACAAACACCUGCAGCUGUUCCAACACCAAACCCUUCUUCAGGAGCUGGCUUUUCGUUUAUGAACACACCUGCUUCUGCACCAUCGUCUUCUCUGUUUGCUACACCACCUUCUGCUGCUCCUACCACUUCUUUGUUUGGACAAUCACUUUUUGGUUCUUCGCCAGCGUCUACAUUUGGUUCCGCUCCAUCUUUGUUUGGCCAGACAACUCCAUCAAUUGGUGGUACGCCUUCACAGCUUGCAGGUAUAAAAGUCAUUAUCUGUAUCCCAGAUUCUUGGAGUUUGUAUCAAGAUUUUGUUCUCGUCGUAAUCUCAAGUUUUGUUACCUGUUUCCCCGUAGGUAUUACACCGGGUUUAGGAGCCAGCUUUGGUUCUAUGACACAAUCUUUAGAAGACGAUCACAGAGUUCAAGUGGCUUGGAGAACAUUGGCAUAUGAUCAGCAUCUUUGA